GGAUUUGACAAAAAUAAAAAGAAUUAGGGGGAUGAAUCGAAAACUUGGCGGUCGCAACGCAACGCGUCGCGUAAUUUUGAAAACGGAGACGACGAGUACGCAACUUAUAUAAACCGGCCACUAAACAAUCACAAUCUAUUACUGAUUGAAUCCUCCAAGACAGUGAUGAAAAUCUCGUGGGCUCGUUGUAUUCUCUUUACUCUCUUCGUCGCACUUUGGAUCUCUACAUGCUCUUCACUCAAAGGUGUUGAUGUGGAGAAUCCAAUUGUAAAUUUUACUCCCUCUUUCCUGGUACAACCUUCUGGAGAAUCAAAAGAUACUUUAUCUUGUGAUCGUAUCAAGAUCUCUGGCAAAUCAAGAAGAAAGCUUGAUAGUUAUGCCAAUGCAUAUCGGGUUACUUUGGUCCCAUCUGUAGUCAUCCCUGAGACAUUGCAUUCUAAAAUUCAGAUCUGUUUUCACAAGAAUGCAUCACUCGGGUCAUGCCAAUGUGAAAAUGAUAAUUGGAGAAGUGUGCAAAAUGGUCUGUGGUACUCUGUCAUGUCACCUUAUGAGGACAAAUUCCUUGAUGUAAGAUUUACUGGCAAAGUACUUGGGUCUGUCACAGUUACCCUUGAAGAAGAUUUUCAGCAAUGGCGUGUUGUUUGUCUAGCAGUGGGGUUUGUGUUACAGCUGUUGGCACCUAUUGUCAGCAGUUGGGUUCCAUUUUACUAUAGCAGUUCAAUGGCUAUCGGGAUUUUCCUUGUUGUCAUUAUUCUACUUUUUCAGGGAAUGAAAUUGUUACCUACUGGCCGGAAAAAUUUCCUCUACCUGUCCAUAUACACAUCAGUUUUCGGAGCAGGAUCCUACUUGCUACAUCAGUUUUCAAUAAUGAUCAAUUCCAUUCUUCUUAAUUUUGGAUUCAGUGAGGAGAUGCACAAUCCUGUUUCUCUUCUUGUGGGGCUUUUGAUUGGUCUUGCUGGAGCUGCUCUAGGGUUAUGGCUUGUGCGGAAGUUUGUAAUUUCAGAUGAUGGAAGUGUGGAUGAUGGCGUAGCUCAGUUUGUGAAAUGGGCCAUGCGCUUAGUUGGCUUUACGUGUGUUUUCCAGAGCACACUGGAUACAUCUUUGGCAUUGACAGCACAGGGCAUUUGUUUGAUGAUCUGCUUGGCAUCUACUCGUUUCAAGUGGAAGAACCUAGAGCAUUUCUCAUUUCAUGGAAAUAAAAGCCCUCGGGAACCAACUCGUGGACGAGCAACGACGAAGCAAACUCGGGCAGAAUUCUUAAGUAGGCCAGGAACAACUAAUCGUCGUCAAAAUCUCUGGAACAGCGGGAAUAGUCCAAGGAAUUCAGCCAAAUGGAUUGAUUCUCCUGUUAAAGGUUUGGUUUCCCCUCCAUCGACGAAGACAGAAAAUCAGCAAGACUUUUAUUCAACCUUCCACAAAACGCCAAACAGAAAGAAAUUCUCUAAGCAAGAAUGGGAAGAAUUCACCGAGGAAUCUACGCGGCAGGCUCUGGCUGAUUGGGCAUCCUCUCCUGAGUUCACAGAUUGGAUUGUUAAGAAUGCUGAUAGAGUGAAAGUUGUUCCAGAUGAAAGUUCUGAUGAUUCGCUGGGUAGUGGAUCAGACUCCACUGACGAGGCCGCUGUGGAGACCAGCAAUAAUGGAUUUGGUUUCUCCAAAUGGCAGCAGAGAAAGUAGAUAACUGAGUAAAGAGCUGUUAAUUCACGUCAGUUAAUCAUUCCUCAGUAUUUGAGGUGAUUAUAGGUUGUUAAAUGACAUAGAAGUAGAGGUAGAAUAUGUUAGGUGAUUGGUAAUUGUCCUUGCCUAGUGUUGCUCAUUCGGGUACCAUGCUAGCAAUGAUGCAAAUGUGCAUCUAUGAUAAAUUCAUUGUAAAACCUUCAUUUUUAAAUUUUAAUGCCUGUAAGUAAAAAUAUAUUGUGUUUAAUCGUAAACCUUUGAUCAA